UUAAACCAUUUAAAAUGUGUUUAUGCCUUGGUCCUGCUAAGUCUGGCAAAACUAUUUUAAUGAAAUGUUUACAGGGAGAUGAUGUAGAUGAUGCAACUCAUACUGUUUCUACUAAUGGUAUAAAUCUUUUUACAGUCAAAAACAAUACAGGUGAAUUUGACAUGGUUAUUAAAGAAAUUGGAGGUAGUAUGGCACCGAUAUGGAAACACUAUUUUGACAAGGUUCGAAAAAUUAUUUAUGUAGUGGAUGCGAGUAAUCUUUGCCAGAUAAGUGUAGCAGGAGUAUUACUAUAUUCUAUAUUAGUAGACCCUAAACUGCAAAAUAUAAAAAUUGCAUUAACAUUGAACAAAAUGGAUCUUUCUUAUCGUCAAAUGCGCAACGAAGCCUUACUUAUGCUUCAAUACUCUCGUCUGCAAAAAGAAAUUACGCAAGAGCUAACUAUAUUUGAAACUAGUGGAAUAACUAAUGAAGGUAUUGAAAAAUUAAGAGAAUGGUUAUUUGACCCUGCUACUUUAAAAUCUGCAAUAAACGCAAAUAAGUAGAAUUAAUAUAUAAU